CCGGGGCGUCCUGUGUCCGCUCUUCCUCAACUACGUCCGGCUGGGGCCCGGGAAGGCCUUCGUGAUGGAGGCGAACGAGCCGCACGCUUACCUCUCGGGCGACAUCUUGGAGUGUAUGGCCUGCUCGGACAAUGU